CAUUCAUCUUUGUAUAGUAGCCAUGUACUAUCAGAUUAAUUUUAUUGAACAGAAUGCAAAACAUUUUUCGUGUACCUUUAUGCAACAAAAGAAACAGUCUUUUUUAUCUUCUAUUCUCUUGUCAUGAAUGUUGUUGAAACGAAUACGUAGAGAUUCCAAUGCAAAAGACCCAGCUUUUCAAAUUUUUCUCUGCUUUCAGUUGCAUAUCAACAACGUCAAAUGAUUCUUGGAAUACUAUUCAGCUUGUUCAACGACUACGUCAACAAAACAAGGCAAAAGAUUUGCUAACAGUUUCAUGCUUAUCUACUAUAAAGCGUCAACCGAAUUCGAUUAAAGCAGACCAAAUGCAUGAGUUUUUAGUAAAGCAACUUGCCAAUCAACUUCAUAAUUUCUAUUCGUUACCUUUUUACGUUCUAACAAACCCUGUAUUUAACGAAGUCUCUUCAUGGUACAAAAAAAAAUUUCAAAAAAUGCAAUCAAUGCUUCCCAUCAAGUCAGAUCAAGCGUCUCAUGAUUUUUUAAAAUUUUUGCAAAACGAACGAUAUAAUACCUAUGAUAACAGUGUUGAACUAAUGUGUCGCGGAGUAAAACAAUUGUCUUACAUUGAUUCGACUUUAAAUUUGGAUCCUUUUUUCAAUAAAUUUUUUUUUUUUCGCAUUGGCCAACGAUUGCUAUUAGAUCAUUAUCUUUCCGGAGCUUUAGGAAAAGAAGAAAAUACGGGUUGUAUCCAAAAAAUAGCAUCUUUAACUGGAACCAUUCAAGAAUUAGUGAAUGAAGUACGGAAUACUUGUCGUGGUAGUUAUGUUUAUGCACCGCUCGUAACAAUUGAAGGAAAUUUAAAGGAGGAUUUUUAUUACCCUCCGGAUCAUGUAAACUUGAUUUUAACGGAAGUUCUUAAAAAUUCGUUAAGAAGCACUAUUGAAUUUGCAUUAUCUCAAAAAAAUGGGGUUAUUAUACAAGAUGAUCACGAUUUUCCAACAGUUAAUAUCUCCAUUGCACAAAGCGACCAAAAAAUUUUAUUGACAGUUCAUGACAGAGGUGGUGGUAUUUCGGACAAAAAUUUUAAAAAGGUUUUUACUUAUGGAUACAGUUCUGCUCAUGAGAAUUGUGGUGCAACUGAAGUUUUUUCUUUAAAUAGUUUUGUUCGAAGCGACGUGGCUGGUUUCGGGUUUGGUUUACCUUUAGCUCGUACAUUUUCUCAAUUCUUUAAAGGUGACCUUCAAUUGCACACGUGCCAUGGAAUUGAAACCCAUACUUUCAUUACACUUCCAAAUCUUUAUGAAUUCGACAAAAAACCUAGUUAAUUUUUCUUACUAUUAUGCUCAUGUAGCGUUAUUUAUUAAAACACCUUUACUAGGUAAGGAAGUAUUUUAUGAACUCUAAAUACAUGUUAGACAAGAUAAUUGGAUGGGUGAUAAAAGCAUUCAUAUUCUAAGAACCCGUUAGAAUUACAGAGUUGUCAUUGUAAAGAGUAUACGAAAAAAGUUGAAACCUUAAUACACAAAAGUACAUGAUUAUUAGAUUGAUGUGGACAUAUGAAGAUUUUAAAAAAUACUGGUUUUGUGUACUGUUUUUUCCAAAUAACCCUUCAAAACAUUUAACGUUUUUUUAUUUUUAAUUUUCUUCGUUUGUAUAGUCUUUCAUUGGCUCAGAAUCGUAUAGAAAAAAUAUAUAGAUAAUUGAUUCUCUCCU